GAUGACUCUGCCAUCUGCAGCCGGGUCUCGACAGUUAACCACUCUAGUAGGAUUGUUGUCAUUUUUCUGUGGCUAGCCUUUAGCGCUGGCCAGCCGUUCGGUUUUUCUCCCCAACACACUUUGAUCCAGCAGAGAUGGUCAACAUUUGAGCUGAGUAAAUGAUGUUAGGAUGGAGUGUGGUCCAGUUCUGCCGGACAGCUUGGUGUUGGAGAUUUUCCUGCGUCUGCCCCACGAUGCGGUGCUGAGAGCGGGGCUGGUGUGCAGACAGUGGCUGGCUGUCUCCAGAGAUGAGUUCCUGUGGAGGGAGCUGUUCUACAGCUACUACCACAUCCCACGCUCCGUGCCCCGGCACCCAUCGUCCGUGUCGUGGUACAGGGAGUUCAAGCGCCUGUUUGACUGCAUCCCCUGUGUGGAGGUGCAGACGCUGAGGGAGCACAGUGACCAGGUUCUCCACCUGGCUUUCUCCCACAGGGGUCACCGCUUCUCCUCCUGUUCCAAAGACUGCACAGUUAAACUGUGGGACACCGAGCGCCCCGAUGGAAACAUCGCCUUGGUGCACAGCUCCAGCAUGCGUCAGUUUAACUGGGGCUACACUCAGUUUUCCCAGUUCAACGCUGACGACAGCCUGCUGCUGGUCUCUGGUGUUUACCUGGGCCCGCACCACUCAUCGUCUGGGGAAAUUGCCGUCAUUAGUCUUGAAAACUACACGCUGCUGUCUCGGGUGAGGAACAAGCCAUACGACGUGUUUGGCUGCUGGCUGAAUGAGACCCACCUGAUCUCUGGUAACCUUCACUGGAUCGGCAACAUGACGUCCUGUUCGGUGCUGUGGCUCAACAAAGCCUUCCAGGAUAUCGAAUCGGAGAACGUCAACGUGGUCAAGCGCCUCUUCAAAAUCCAAAACGUCAACGCCAGCACCAUUCGCACAGUGAUGGUGGCCCACUGCCGUCGCCACGACAACCCCGACCUCCUGCUGGACUACGAGGCUCAGUCUCAGGCCAGGAGGCAGAGAGGCGAGCAGCACCACCAGCCACUCCUCUUUGACCUGGGGACCUCGGGGAGCGAGGAGGAGAAGGAGGAAGAGGAGGAGGAGGCUCAGAGGGAAGGACAGGGUCGCAGCUUCUCCUCUGCCCGCCAACCCACCAUUUCAAGCCUGGACCACGUUAUCCAUAGUCUUAAAAAUGUUGGGACCAGGGAGAUGAAGAUUGAGACCCAUGUAGCUAAGGUGAUGGGCAGGGCCCACACCAAGGCCCCCGACCCCGCCCUCAUUGAGCCCUCAGAGUCUGGGGAUGGAGAGGAUAAGACCUACUUGCUUUUCACCACCGGCAGCCUUACAUACUCACCACACCAGAUAGGCAUUAAACGAAUCAAGCCCGACCAGAUGACCACCUCCGGUCCUGUACUUGGAGAAGAGCGGAGCUCUGAUGAGUUCUUUGAUUCACUGGACCAUGUCAUAGACAUCCACGGGCACAUCAUCGGCAUGGGCCUCUCUCCAGAUCACAGGUACCUGUAUGUGAACAGCCGGGCUUGGCCAGCGGGAUGCGUGAUCUCUGACCCCAUGUCUCCGCCUCCCAUCGCCGAGGAGAUAGACCUGCAUGUCAUCGACCUGAAGAGUCUGCGGGAGGAGAGAAGAAGCCUGCGGGCCCACCGGGCCUUCACGCCCAACGACGAGUGCUUCUUCAUUUUCCUCGACGUCAGCAGAGACUUUGUAGCCAGUGGAGCCGAGGACAAGCACGGCUACAUCUGGGACCGCCACUACAACAUCUGCCUGGCCCGCCUGGCCCACGACGACGUGGUGAACUCGGUGGCGUUCAGCCCCGCUGACCAGGAGCUGCUGCUGUCGGCCAGCGACGACUCCACCAUCAAGGUGUGGCGCUCCCCCCGCAUGGUCCGCCUGGCGCAGGCCGCCCCCCGGCCCCUGAGGAGCCGCGGCCUCCUGCCGUCCUGGCUGAGCCGAAACAGGAACCCCCCGUCCCCCGGAAGCGUGAACGGAAGACCCUGAGCGGGGUUGGCCUUUCAUCCGGGGGGGGGACGGAGGGAAGGAGAGGUGGGCGAUUUCCGCUGUGGUGUGACUGGUGAAGCACUCACUGCAGCGUGGCGGUUACAGUUAGUGGUUUUCGCUCGACCUCGUGGCGCGGCGACCUGGAGUAGUGGUCAGGGGUCUUCAGCCAGCGAGAGACGAGAGUCUCAGGGUUCAUACACAAGGGGGCGACGAGGCGCCGUCAGAGGAAGGACGAGUUAGCAGAGGUGCUUAGAUCACAGAUGACACCUAAAUGCACAGGAUGGAAGACCUGAAGUGUCCCGAUAAGACGGUCGUUGCCCCCCCACUUUUCUUUUUUUUUAAGAAAAUAAAAAACCAUACCGUUACCUCCUCAUCAGACCAGACUCUGGACCCCGGACCUGAGAUGUAAAUGUGUGCAAGAGUACUGCAGAGACACCUCUGAUCAUGGUUGUAAUGUCCUUCUUUUCAUGGGCAAAGUGCAGUAACUGAGAUUUGUUUUGGGUUUUUUUUUCCUUAUUGACAAAAAUAUCUAAUUGGUGUCUUGAUUCUAAAAUCUCUGUGAACCCUGUUUUGAGAGCAAUAUAAAACAGUUUGAAAAAAAAGGGAGAGAAAAAAAAACGUUUGAGCUGUAUUUAAUGUGGUUUCCUUUGGUUUUAUCGAUGUCACAUCCCACAGGAAUGAUCCGUGGUUGGUGUAUUAUGUCCAUUGACAGGUUCAUCUAAAAGUUUCUCCUUUAGCUGACCGUUCCAGUACCUAUGUAAUGUGGAAAUGUUUAAAGCCCCCCCGUUUAGCCGCGCAAAGCUGCAGCUCUUCAUCUGGUCAGAUGGUUUCCUGACACAUUUUAAGAGGGGGGUGAGAAAAAAAAAAAGAAUGCCCGUUUGACUUUUGUGGAUUGAAAACAUAUUUAAAUGUUCUUGUACUUGCACUUGACAGAUGGUUUGUGUAGUUUCUAAACAGAACACCCCCACUCCCCCAAAACUCUGAAAUCCUAAUGUAGAGAGAGUUUGCUGCCUGAUUAUUUGGUAACCUUUUGCCAGCCCCAGGGUUUUUUCAGAGGUUUUUACCCUUACCCUUAUUAUUUAUAAACCUUAAGCAGAUGCUUGAUAUGUAUUGUUAGAGUUGUAUUACCUUUACACUAAUGUUAAAUUACUAAUCUUUUUUUUUAAAAUCCUUGAUUGGCUGUAAAAACAAGUAUCUUCAGGGUAUUGUCUGUUUUGUUUCCACCCAAUUGAAAGAAGACAUCACCCACCAUUGUCAUAAUUUGGACUGAGCAAUAAGAAUGAAAUAUAUAUAUAUAUAUUUGACAGACAUUUCAAGCAGCAGAAGCUCAUCCAUUUCAGUCAUCUAAAAAUGACUGUGACGACCGUUAAAACCCAAAUCUACAUUUGUCUUGAAACUUUGUGUGUAGCUUUUUAUUUGCGUUAACUUUAAGUUCCGUUUUCUGUGAACUCCCAGUUUCACCUGAAGAAAAAAGAAAGAACGACAAAACUGCCCCAUUAGUUUUAGUUUCACCGCUUGGGGAGUUUCUGGUGCUCAUUCUGAAACGGUGCCGUUCUGUGUGUGUGUGUGUGUUUGUGUGAUCCAAUCAUUUGCUUUCAGUCAUUCUAAUCUUUUAAUUUGUACGUUUGAUGUCAGCUUCAUCACUUCUGUCAAAGUGACCAGUACUUUCGUUUCUUUGAAACGUGUGUAACAAGUCAUGAACUUUACUCUGGGUUCCCUUUGACUCCAUAGUUUCCCUUUCCAUCUCUCUGAUUGUGAUUCUUUUUCUCUGAUGUUAUUGUCAUAGCUCCCCUUAAAUAAAAAGCAUGUCCUGUCCGGUCAGUGUCCUUUUUCUACUUUUGGGAAGCUUUGGAUUAAAAGUUAUUAUGGACUUUCAGAGGUUUUUCAUUCAUUCAUUUGGGUGGUUUCCCAGGAGAAUUUAGUUUGACGUUUGACGUUUAGGAAUAAAACAAGCAAAGAAACUAAACUAAAGGUGCUUUUUUCACACUUGCUUUUUGAAACAAGAAACCUUUUUGGCCAUGCC